AUGAAGAACAAUGAGCGUAUUGCUAAUUUGGCUCUGGCAGGAUUGACCCUAGCCCCUCUUGUUGUAAAGGUGGAUCCAAAUUUAAAUGUCAUUUUGACAGCUUGUCUGACUGUCUAUGUGGGGUGCUACCGCUCCGUAAAGCCAACCCCUCCAUCAGAGACAAUGUCAAAUGAACACGCCAUGCGUUUUCCUUUGGUUGGGAGCGCAAUGCUGCUGUCUCUGUUUUUGCUGUUCAAGUUCCUAUCAAAAGACUUGGUCAAUGCUGUACUAACCUGCUAUUUUUUUGUACUUGGGAUUCCCGCUCUUUCGGCCACACUACUACCUGCUAUUAAACGGUUCCUGCCAACACAAUGGAAUGAUAAUGUCAUUAUAUGGCAUUUCCCUUAUUUCCGGUCUCUGGAGGUUGAGUUUACUAAAUCACAGAUUGUUGCUGCAAUUCCUGGAACCUUCUUUUGCGUGUGGUAUGCUUCAAAGAAGCACUGGCUAGCUAACAAUAUCUUGGGUCUUGCAUUCUGCAUUCAGGGAAUUGAAAUGCUUUCACUUGGCUCUUUCAAGACUGGUGCUAUUCUCUUGGCUGGUCUUUUUGUAUACGACAUAUUCUGGGUCUUUUUUACUCCAGUUAUGGUUAGCGUUGCAAAAUCUUUUGAUGCUCCCAUAAAGCUCUUAUUUCCUACAUCAGAUGCCACACGUCCGUUUUCUAUGUUAGGACUGGGUGAUAUAGUUAUUCCUGGAAUCUUUGUGGCGUUGGCACUAAGAUUUGAUGUGUCCAGAGGGAAAGAGAGCCGAUAUUUUAAAAGCACUUUUGUAGGAUAUGCGGUUGGCGUAGUUGCCACAAUUAUUGUCAUGAACUGGUUUCAAGCUGCACAGCCCGCACUGUUAUAUAUCGUGCCUGGUGUCAUUGGGUUUUUGGCCGCACAUUGCUUAUGGAAUGGUGAAGUCAAACCUUUACUGGCAUUCGACGAGUCUAAAACAGGUAUCACUGAAGAAAGUGAUGAAGAUUCGAACAAGAAAGCAAAUUGA